AUGGAGGUCGACCGUGAACUUACCGUUAUCGCGUCCGCACCCCCGAAACUCCUCCACCAAGCCAGCGAUAUCACAUGGCAGGAAUCACUCGAAUCCCAAGAUUCAGUAACACUGGUCCGCCGUCGACGCGGCCGCUUCAGGAUUUUGCACCAGCAACAGUUCCGAAAUAGUCUCCUCGCUAGCGUGGGAUACCUUGAGCUCGCUAACGCGGGUGAUUUCGCCGCGAAUGUGUGGAAUGAGAUACCCGUGCCGACGUUUGCUGCCGUGCUGAUGGGCAUUGGGGGCACGUUGGCGCUGGGCAUGAUUGUUGUCGCUAUCCAGGAUUACAGACUGAGUCGGAGGAAUGUCCGAUUGCUGCAGGAUGAGAGAGAGCAACUGCAAAGGCUGAGGCAGUCCUAUGUGAGAGAUCCGGAGUUGGUCCGAUUACUUGACUGUCGGCUUGGUGUGGGGAUUCGUGAGAUCGGAACUGAAGUUGUUGAUCGCAUCUUCAUGGAUAUUCUCCUUGGCGUUGGUUCGGUUCUUGUCGGUGUUGGGACCUUGAUGGCGAUUGGAGGUGCGAAUCGCCGUGUGUAUGACGCGAGCAAUUUACUCUCUGGGUACAUUGGAAACGCAUUGGCUGCCGCCUUCGGCGUUGUGAAUGCAGUAUGGUCCUAUUACCUCAUCCAGAGAUUCAGAAAUCAUGAAAUUGCCGUGCGGAAUAGUCAGCCGAGUGAUGAUAUUCGUCGACGACUGCAUGCUCGAUUCCGUCGGUUCCAAUGGCAUGCUGUGAUCAACGGGAUAAACGGAUUGGUUGCAGGUGCGGCGUCGAUAGUCACUGCAAAGUUGUGGUGGGGAUAUGUCAUUUUGAUUCCCUGCAUCAUCUCGCUUAUUAUGUGCAACUAUUUCUGGCGCAAGAAGAUCGGUUAUGACCGCCCCAUCUUAGGGCAUGGUUCUCACGCCAGAGCCCAGUUGACGCCACUGAUCGAAGACCUCGAGUACGCGAUCACAAUGCAACGCGGCUUGUCCGGACCCGAGAUCUUAAUUCCUCGAAAUCUCCUGCAACCCUCUUGCUAUGAGUCAAUUCUGCAAUUCAUCGUCCGGAACCGCAUGCUGGAAAGCUACGCCGACUCUCUAGCCCACGACAAGAAAACCCGCUCAAUUCUCCUCGAGAUUCCGAUUUCCACCUCACACCAACUUAUAAUAACUCACGACAUUCUUCUCCGACUUUCCAUCAAGCACACACAUACAAAUACCCUAUUGGAUCACGCAAGCCGCUUCCUCCGCACCGAAGGUGUCCGCAUCUUCACACAUCGAGAGCGACACCUGUUAGAACUACUGGGCUACGCCGUCUGGCAGGAUCAGACGACGCUUUCUCAAACGCAGAAGGCUACGGUGGAGACGAAAUAA